UUCUCUAUACAUUCAAGUGGGAGUAUUAGAAUAAUCUGAGCAGUUCUAAGAAAACCAAUGACCAAUCCAUUCCUGAGGAUCAACUGCUCACUAAUCAGUUCAAUUCUGGCAAUACCCAACUUUUUUUUCUUUAAUGAAAAGCUUUUUAAGGGUACUUCGUCCAGAAAUGGUAGUAUAGAUAAGAGAAGUUAGAGAUUGAUAUAUAUCUGAUUCACCUUGGAGGAAUCCCGGUCUUGUAAGUGUAUAUAAGGAAGGCCAGUAAAAUAGACCAAAACAAGUCCUAACACUAUUUCCUUGUAGUUCCUUUGUCCUUCUCUGUCAAAGUCAGGUUCUUCAAGGACUAAAUGGAAAUACUUAAGGCAGUAGGCACUCAUUCAUAGGAGAGAAAGGAAGAGAUUUGUAAAGACAAAAAGUAAGGUCUGUCUUAUUCCUUGGUUGUUUUGUUUACUGCCCUUUGUCUUGCUUUUUGCCUCUUUGAGUCCCUCGGCAAAACCUGCCAUCGCUGAAAGUUUUUUGUAUCGAUUUUCUGUAGAUAUAACCUCUUUAGAAUCUUGGGAAAGUUGUGGCUUUUGGAGGUUCUCAAUCCAGGGGAAAGGAAUUCAGCAAUGGAAGAUAGAUAUACUUUUUCCAGGCAGGGCAGCGGUGUAUGGAGAGCCUUGAGAGAUGGGGAUUUUGAGGAAGAAGAUGUUUGGGCAGUUCUCAAGGAAAGAAAAGAUUGUACUUCCAAGUUUGGCCAAUCAAUUGAAUCCUAUGCUCCUGUUAGAAGACACCUUCCAAGUGCUGCAAGAAUGAUCCCAAGAGCUUUCUCUGAUAUCAAUAACAUUAGCAAUAUUGACAGUUCUAGUUCCAGUUCCAGUCAUGAGAUAAAUGGAGUUAAGCAGCAAUCAGCUCCUGUCAACAUUCCUGAUUGGUCAAAGAUUUCUAAAAACAAGUCAAAGAAGGCUUCUUCCAGGAAUUAUCCAUGGCAUGAUGAUGAGGGUGAUGAUGAUGGGGGUGAUGGCUAUGGCCAUGAUGAUAAUGGGGUUGUCAAUGGUUUUGGAGAGAGUGAUGAUGAAGAAGAUGAUGAUAGAGAAGAGGAUGAUGAAGAAUACAAUUCAAAGGUGCCACCACAUGAAUUUCUUGCCAGGAGGCUUGCAAGGACUCAGAUUUCUUCUUUCUCUGUUUUUGAAGGUGUUGGCAGAAAACUCAAAGGGAGAGAUUUGCGGAAAGUGAGAAAUGCUGUUUUAACAAAAACAGGUUUCCUUGAAUGAUGUUGUCUUGGGCCACAUCAUUGUGAUCAUAAAUGGUAAUGUCAAUGUGGAAAAGAGUGAAAUCUUUCUGGUUUCAAGCUAGUAUUUGUCAGUGUUAUGUUGUAUAUGAAGGUUUUGCAUGGUUGCUUAGUCCUGAAGUUGUCUAUUGCGUUGUCAGGGCAUUAGAGAUCCAUUCUUAUGUGAAAAAAAAAUUGAAUGAAUCAAUGAUCCUUGCCAUCUGGGUUUUCAUUAGAACAUAUUCAAGCUCAGUUACAGUGAUUUUUUAUGAUAAAGCUGAAACUUGUUUCUUAGCCAUUAAAUUUGCAGAGGCAUCCUGCUAUAAAUCAUAAGCAUCAUUGAAACAGUUCAGAGGCAUGAAAUGGUUAUAAAAACUUGUCAAUUUCAUGGAAAUGAAAGCAUUGAGUAGGAAGAUAAACAAUGUCUGCAUGGCAGAAUUCAUUGACGAGAACAUCCAUUCGAAAGCACUAUGUUUCUCAGAUUAGAUACUUUGCUUCAUGGCAGCAUAUGGGAUUAAAGUAGGGUCCCUUGCAAACAAUCCUGGAGAGGUGCAGACCUCAUGAAAUGAACCUCACCUAUGUCAGGAUUGUUCCAACCUUCUCAGUCAACUCUAUUAAGUAUCUGAUAUGUCCAUAUCAAUCACAAGGUUGGACAUGCCUGGCUAAGUACCAAAAUUGGGACCAUUGAGUUAGAGAUCAUGUUCCUUUUCUGUUUCUGUCAUUUUAAGCUUGCGUGUAGGCAAAUGAACUUUCAUUCAAUGAAUGAGGUUUCAUUUUUUCCUUUGAUUGCUCUGUUGUCAUUUUUCUUUCGGAAACUUUGAAACGAUACACAGCAAUGAACUUCACACGCAAAUCAUGAAUUCGAAUUACAUGUUUCAUGAGUGAGAACAAGGGAAUUAGAUCAUAAACUAGUACAAGAGAAUGCAAUUAUGGGAAAUGACAAAAUGGAAUAGGAAAGUGUGAAUGUGGGUAUCCAACUUCAGAUCUUUCAUUAAGUUCCUGAUGGUCCCAAUAGUCAACACCUCCUGGAUAGAUUGACUCUAUUAAUUACAUGUUUGUUGGAUAUUAAUAGUGAUAACUAUCAAAGAAAAAAAUGCAUUCUCAAGGCAUCCUGCUGGCAAUUGAAAGAAAGCUAGAAGUGGUUUUAGCCUUAAAAAGCACAUUUUCCAUGACUCAGAUUGAAUGCAGUCCAUAUUUUAGCCUCAGCAGAAGUGGACCUGGGCUGCUUUUGCUCUAUUAAAACUUGAAUUGACAUCAACUAGAACUGGGACAAUGCCCACAUAUCAUUACUUGCCCCGAACCCAAGUCCAAGGUGAAAGGUACUUUCCACCCACUUGAAUUGUUCUUACCUGUACAUGAGAAAAAAAGCCCUUCCCUUUCUUUUAAUUUUGUUCUAUUUUUGCAGAUAAUUCCAGAGACAGGGUUCUCAUUUUCAGACUUCUUCUCCUGACGUGAGAACUCCACCAAGGAUACCCAAUCUGUCAUUGAUGUAGUUUGGGGAUUUUCAACGUUCAAGUUAGAAAACAAUUCAAGUUUUUACUUCCACUUGAAAAGGAAGAAAGAAGAUAAGUAAGACUACUGCAGUAGUUGCUGUUGGCAAGAAUAUACCAUCUUGAAGGCAUAUUUGAGUUUGAAGAACUCAUAUCACACAACAACAACCAUUUGUUCUUGUGAACCAGAAACAUCAUAGUAUUGGUAUAAGAUUUUGCCUUCCACAAGCUGCAAAAUGUGAACAAAUUCAUUAACAAGAUUAUUUGAUCCACACCCAGUUCUCUUCAUUGUUCAAAUCCUGGAAAACGAUCACUGAUAACACUGGAACUCAUACCAAACAACAAUCAUUUGUUCUUGUGAAUCAGAAACAUCAUGGUAUUGGUCUAGGAUUAUGCCUUCCACAAGCUACAAAAUGUGAACAAAUUCAUUAACAAGAUUAUUUCAACCAAACCCACUUCUCUUCAUUGUUCAAAUCCUGGAAAACUAUUACUGAUCACAUUGGAACUCAUACCACACAACAAUCAUUUGUUCUUGUGAAUCAAAAACAUCAUAUAGUAUUGGUCUAAGAUUAUGCCUUCCACAAGCUACAAAAUGUAAACAAAUUCAUUAACAAGAUUAUUUGAUCCACACCCUGUUCUCCUCAUUGUUCAAAUCCUGGAAAACAAUCACUGAUAACAUUGGAACUCAAACCACACAACAAUCAUUUGUUCUUGUGAAUCAGAAACGUCACGGUAUUAGUCUAAAGAUUAAGCCUUCCACAAGCUACAAAAUGUGAACAAAUUCAUUAACAAGAUUGUUUGAUCCGAACCCACUUCUCUUCAUUGUUAAAAUCCUGGAAAACUAUCACUGAUCAAAUUGGAACUCAUACCACACAACAAUCAUUUGUUCUUGUGAAUUAGAAACAUCAUGGUAUUGGUCUAAGAUUAGGCCUUCCACAAGCUACAAAAUGUGAACAAAUUCAUUAACAAGAUUAUUUGAUCCACACCCACUUCUCUUUAUUGUUCAAAUCCUGGAAAACUAUCACUCAUCACAUUGGACAAAUACCAAUAUUCUGCUAACAAGUAACUAUCACUGUCCUAUGUUCCAUGCAUGUUUAGACAUCAAAAUAAUAGACUCUAAGCAUACAUUAAGUUAGAC